AUGAGCACUCGUGACACACCUGUUGCUUUUGUUAAGAAGUGGAUUCAGCAACAAACCAAGUUAAUCCUGCCGCCUCAAUGGAAUGGGGGUUGGGAGCGAUGGGCUCAGGGCCAGAUCGCAUUAUUAAUGGAAGGUCAAGACGGUUAUCAGGUCUGGACGGAGCAAAACAUCUAUCUCGAUCACCCAAACUGGGCUGUUGAUCUUGAGUUCCGAAGACCUCCCGGUGUGGCGGGUGUUCGAAAGUUUCUCGAGCUCAAGUGCUACAGCGAAGUUAACAAUGACUCAGCCUCCAAGUUCAUCGAUCGCGUGUUGCAAGACUUUAAAAAGGUCAGUCAACAGAAACUGACCCAUGGUGUGCCGCACGAGCCCGACGCAAAAGGUUCAACUUUAUGGGUCAUUGGCAUCUCGCAGACGCAGUUUAGAGGCAACAUCGAGCGCGCCGGGGCCGGUAAUAUAGACUGGCUGCGGUUUGGGCGUGAGGAGGCUCGAAGUUCUGGGGGCACCAGUGACCGGGACACAUUUGAUAUCUGGUACCGGAGCGUCGUAAACAACAAAUAG